AUGGACCCUGCACUGCUCCAGUCUGCCUCCGCUGAUGCCGACCUGGUAUUCGUCGGCAAAGAACGGGGACGGCAGGCCCUCACCCAGGACGAAAUUAACGACCUUCUGGUGGAGCAGGCUUCCCAGGGCAAGUCGGUUGUGCGGCUUAAGGGCGGCGAUCCCUUCGUCUUCGGCAGGGGCGGCGAGGAAGCUCAGGUUCUGGCCCGUAAUUCCAUCCCGUUUGAAGUUGUGCCGGGCAUUACCUCUGCAAUUGCCGCUGCCGCCUACGCCGGAAUCCCCGUCACCCAGCGUCGCGUUGCCACUUGCUUUACCGUGGUCAGUGGUAGCGAAGACCCUGCCAAACCCGAGUCCUCCAUCCCCUGGGACGUGCUGGCCCGCACCGGCGGAACCCUCGUGGUGCUAAUGGGCUGGGCCGCUUUGCAAGCGAUCCUGGAAAAGUUGCAACAAGAGGGAAUGGCUGCGGACACUCCCGUAGCCCUGGUCCAGUGGGGCACCUGGAAGAAGCAGCAAACGGUGGACGGCACCCUGUCCGACGUGGUGACCAGGGCCAAGGAGGCAGGACUGGCCCCGCCGGUGGUGGCCAUCAUCGGACCGGUGGCGGGACUGCGGCAGGAGCUGCGCUGGUUCGAUCGGCAACCUCUCUUUGGCAAGAAAGUGCUGAUUACCCGUUCCCGCACCCAGGCCUCGCGGCUGAGAACCUUGCUGGAAGAGCAGGGCGCUGAAACAUUGGAGUUACCGUCAAUAGAAAUUGCGCCUUUGGAAGACAACUUUGAACUGGAUGCGACCCUCGCUCAAUACGGACUGCUUCCCCUGGACACCCCCUUUGGGACCAUCAGCAAGUUCUGGGCGAUUUUCUCCAGCACGAACGCGGUUGAUGCUGUGUUCGGUCGGGUCGACGCCUACGGUAAUGAUUCCAGGGUCUUUUCUGAUUCCACCAUUGGCGCCAUCGGCCCAGCCACCGCCGAGGCUCUGGCCCAGCGGGGUAUCAAGGCCGACUUCAUACCAGCGACCUCGGUUUCCGAAGCCGUGGUUAAAGAGCUUUCCGAUAGGGAAUGGUCCGGCGUUCCGGUACUGCUGCCCGGGGCUGACAUCGGGCGAGAUGUUCUGGCCAGGGGACUUGCUGAUCUGGGUGCCAAGGUUGAGCGGGUAACAGCCUAUCAGACGAUCACCCCUUCAAACGCCGCUGAGGACGCACGCAAGCUCCUGUCCCAGGGAGUGGACGUAAUAACAUUCACCAGUUCCUCCACGGUCCGCAACCUGCUCGAUAUCCUCGAGGGCGACAAGUCGCUGCUGGAAUCCUCUUUGAUUGCCUGCAUCGGCCCGGUAACUGCCGGUACUGCGGAAGGGUUGGGUCUGAGGGUCGACCUGAAAGCCGCUGAGCAUACGGUGGAAGGCCUGGUUGAGACGCUGGUCAACUAUUUCCAGUGA